GCCUACUUUUUAAAAAAGAAUUUUAAAAAAAUGUUAAACAGCUCAGCGACUUGAAUUUCGGAUCAUGCUAUUACGUCAUAUAUACUGGUAGAAAGACUUGCCUGUGUGCGCUAACAAAAAACGUCAAUCAUUUUUGUAGCUAAUCGAAGGCGGACGAGGGCGGGGUCUGUAAAACUAUUGGCGAAUUUAAACAGAAAGUGGCGCGUUUAGAGAAGCUUAGGCGGGACAUUCUGCUGACAAACAAGAGAUGGGAGCCAUUACAACCAACCAGAUGCCACCAUAUUCAGUGCCAAAGUAACCAGAAAUUCGCGGAAGGCGUGUAAUACUGACACUACGGUCUACCUUAAAAAAAGGAGGGCGAGGCAUUUCAGGUCUCUGACUAUCAUACAGGAAUGUUAGCUGCCAAUAUGGCGGGACAGAAGCGAUCACAAGAGCUAAAGCUUUUAAGAAAUAUGAUAUGGUUCGGUUCUAUUUUAAUUGUUUUAAUAGCCCAGCUAAAUAUUGUCAGUGCUCAGACCGAGAGCAGCGUGUUGACAGUGGCUGACUCAAACUGGACACUUAUUCUCGAGGGCGAGUGGAUGUUAAAAUUCUACGCCCCGUGGUGUCCAGCGUGUCAGCACAUUCAAGCGGACUGGGAGGCUUUCGCCAAACUGAGCCCCAGUCUGGGAUUAUCAGUGGGAAAUGUAGAUGUCACACAACAACCAGGCCUGAGUGGGCGCUUUCUGGUCACCUCAUUACCGACUAUCUUUCAUGCUAAAGAAGGACAUUUCAGAAAAUACAUGUCAUCACGAACCAUUGAGGACAUCCAAGCAUACAUUGUUCAAAAGAAAUGGGAAGCUGUGGAGCCCCUGCCAGGGUGGAAAUCGCCAUCAUCUUUCUUGAUGUCCGGAAUGGCUGGUUUGUUUCGUCUCUCUGUGUGGAUACGGCAAAUCCACACAUACCUAACGAACACUCUUGGCAUUCCGUCAUGGGGCUCUUAUGUAAUCUUUGCGAUUGUCACACUGUUCCUGGGCCUUCUUCUCGGCCUGAUGCUGGUGCUGAUCGCAGACUGCAUGUGUCCAUCUAGGCCAAAGUACAAAGAGGAAAAGUUUGUUGUACUUCAGAAAGAUGAAGGCUCUGAGGAUGAAGUUGGUGACACUCUGGCAGAGGAGAAGCACGCAUCUGACCUGGACAACGAGAGUGAGAGGAUGUCUGGAGAGGAGGACUUUACUGAGGAGGAAGGAAGCCCAGUCACUGAGCCUGGUGCUGGUAGCAGCGAGGGACCUACAGAGACCUCAGUGAGGAAGAGGAAACCUCAGGAUCCAAAUAGCUCCGAGGCCACAUAACACUUCUGCAAAGGCUGGAAACCUGAAAUGCAGUUUACACCAAAAUACAGAAACAGCAGAAUGCAGCACUGUGAGUGCUGAACACUUAAUUGCUCUUUCCUGAUUAGUGUUUAUCUACUCUCCCUUACCUGUCCCUGUUUCUGUCAAGACCCACCUGUGGAUUCCAGUAUUUUGUGUGUGUGUGCAGAUUAGGAGAGAUUUUAAAUAAGAGUAUUUGCUUACAAACAAAACUAUUGCCAAGGAUACAUCACAAACACGUGACUAUAAUGCUCUUGAAACAAAAAAAGAAAGAAAAAUAAUAUAAAAUACAAAAUAUAUUUUAAGAAAGCUCCGAAAAUCUGUUUCGUAUUUGUAUUUUGCAUUUAAGAUGUACAUAUGCAAUUAUUGCUGCAAGUGGACUGUGCUUUUGUUUACAUCAUUGUUGACUGAAUUUUUUCUUUUUUUACCUGUAACGACUACAAGUGUAGGUUUUUACAUUCCAGGGAAUCAAACUACUUUGGUAAAAGUUAUUCCGCUGAAAGUGGCUUAGGGCAUCUGGCACAGAAUGCAUUUAGAUUGUGAGGAAAAUCAUCAUCAUAAAUUAUAGAUUGUCAGAGGGGGAUACUCUACAUCAGGGGGUUUCAAGUAUUUUGCAGUCAGGGAUCCAUGUACUGCAGCCAAAGGAGUUGUCCCUCUAAACUUUCCACCCAUGUUUAUUAAAGCCAUCAUUAGAUGCUGGGCAAUGUUAUUUAUAAGCAUUAAUAAUGAUUGGUUCCGCUUUACACAACUGUCAAAAAAAUGUGAAAAUCACACCCUCUGGUUGUGCUUUUUCAGCCCAUUUGAACCGCAUUGAGAGUUGGUACAUGUCUGCAUAAGUAUUUUUAAAAAUCUGUAUAAGAAGAGUUCCCAUCGCCUAGCUUUGCUUAAUAGUUUUGAACCGUUCAUUAAUAUAUAUAUAUAUAUAUAUUUUUUUUUUUAAAGAAAUCUUGUAGUUUCCCAUAACGUAUACCAAUUUUAAUAGACCCUGGUCGUCUGUACACAGACAUGCAGAAAACAAACAGAUUAGCCUUAAUUAGCUUUAGCUUUAUGAUAAAAUGUUUGCAUUAAUAUAUAUUUUUUACAGCUUUGUGCAAGUAAGAUAUUAGUACACUAUUAAUACUUCCUUAACUCUUGUUUAGUCCCUUUACCAGCUAAUUUUAAGUUUCAUAGCUAGUAUCUGGGACAGUCCACUUUCAAAUUGACCAACAGUUCAACCUCAGGCAUGCUUACAGGUGGGUUCUGUAUAAACCAAUCUUGAAAAGGAAAUUAUAAUAAUAAAGGAAAGGAAAUUAAAUAAUAUAAUUAUAAUAAUA